UCCACUUUCCUUCACAUUCCAUGAUUCAACUUCAAAACACACAUACAAAAUAGUGUACAUUAAUUUAUUUUCAUUUUGGCAACCUUAGUUAAUAUUAUGGCUUCCACCAAGCUUAAUGCACUCAUUAUAUUAUUUUCUCUUCUUGCUUAUUCAACAUUUUCUCAUGCUUGUGGUCAUUGCAAGCAUACUCCAACACAUAAGAAAAGCCCUUCAAAAAAAGGAAAAUGUCCUAGUGACACAUUAAAGCUAGGAGUUUGUGCUGAUGUUUUAGGACUUGUUAAUAUUAUUGUUGGAACUCCUUCUUCAAGCAAGUGUUGUGCAUUGCUUCAAGGUUUGGCUGAUUUAGAGGCAGCAAUUUGUCUUUGCACUGCUAUUAAGGCUAAUGUUCUUGGUAUCAACUUGAAUGUGCCUAUCACACUAAGUCUCCUACUUAGUGCUUGCCAAAAAUCUAUUCCUUCUGGUUUCAAAUGUUCUUAAAUUCAUGUUACAUUCAAGCCCUACUACUACUAUUUUCAUCAUGCAUGUUUUUUUUAGUUAUUGGUUAUAUAUAAAAAGUUAUUAUGCAUAUCGAAUCCUUUACAAUUGACUUUAUGAUGUAGUCGGGUAUGUACCGUCGAUUUAAAAUAAAUAAAAAUUUAUAUUUUAAUAUGACGUUUUACGGUCGACUGCACCAUAAAAUAAAUUAUAGAGGAUACAUAUUCGUGAUUAUAUGGGAUAUCUGAUAUUUUAAUAACAUGUAAGCAUGUUUGCCUUAUUAAUUUAGCAACUUUGUUCUUUUAGUUUUAGUAAAUUUGGGGAACUUUUAUUUGAUGAUUAUUGUAACUUUAGUUAUGCAUGAUGGGAUUAUUAUCGUAAAAAAAAUAUUGUGGGGUAAAGUGGAGGUGAUGUAAGUUGUUUUGUGGAACUGAAUAAUAUCAUUAUUAAAUAAAGUCUUAGUUAAAUACCAAA